AGGGGGAAAAGAGGUGUUGCCAAGGAAGGCAAGGGGGCGUGUCCUUAUCGCCGCGUUGAGGGCGCCAGUUGGGAGGCAGUCGCGGCUGGUGGUGGUAGAAGAAGGUGGGAGGGUGCGCGCGCGGACGUCUGGUUGGCCGCUCGGCCAACCGUCCGUAAGGCGAGCUCGGCGGCGGCGGCACAGGGCGGCGCGCGCGCGGAGGGGCGCCCAUGGUGUGGCCUCAUGUCUAAGACGCUGCGGAGGAAGCGCCACUGGCUCAGCAAGGUGCAGGAGUGCUCCGUGUCCUGGGGGAGCGGCUCCGGCCCAGACCCCGACCUUUUGCGGGGCGGCGCCGAACGGGGAGAAUUCCCUUACCUCGGGGGCCGCCUGCUGACAGUGGCCGACUCCGGCGGCGGAGCCGGCUCCGUUUUGCUUUCAGGGAAGCCCCCUGCCCCCGGGGAUGUACUGCUGGAGGUAAACGGGACCCCGGUGAGCGGCCUCACUCACCGCGACACCCUAGCCGUCAUCCGCCACUUCAGGGAGCCGGUGCGCCUCAAGACCGUGCGGCCAGGCAAAGUCAUCAACAAAGAUUUACGUCACUACCUAAGCCUACAGUUUCAGAAAGGUUCCGUUGAUCACAAACUGCAACAGGUUAUCAGAGAUAAUCUUUACUUGAGAACUAUUCCAUGCACUACAAGAGCUCCCAGAGAUGGGGAAGUCCCUGGAGUGGACUAUAAUUUUAUACCUGUUGACCAAUUCAAGGCAUUGGAAGAAAGUGGAGCUUUGCUAGAAAGUGGAACAUAUGAUGGUAAUUUCUAUGGGACUCCUAAACCUCCAGCUGAGCCUAGUCCAUUCCAACCUGAUCCAGUGGACCAGGUGCUUUUUGAUAACGAUUUUGACCUGGAAUCCCAAAGAAAAAGGACAACAUCUGUCAGCAAAAUGCAGAAAAUGGACACUUCCCUUCCUGAAGAAGAAGAGGAAGAAGAAAAAGUAGCAAUUAAUGGUAAUGGAGGAACAGAAUUCAAAGAGCGACAUUUGGACUCUUCUGAUUGGAUGAAAACUGUUCCUAGUUAUAGUCAAACAAAUAGUUCUCUGGAUUUCAAAAAUUAUUUAUCGAGGGAAGAAAACUUAGAGCCUCUGCCCAAGAACUGGGAGAUGGCCUACACAGAUACCGGGAUGAUCUAUUUCAUUGACCACAAUACGAAAACUACCACCUGGCUGGAUCCUCGUCUGUGUAAAAAGGCCAAAGCCCCUGAAGACUGUGAAGAUGGAGAGCUUCCUUAUGGCUGGGAAAAAAUAGAAGACCCUCAGUAUGGAACAUACUAUGUUGAUCACAUCAACCAGAAAACUCAAUUUGAAAACCCAGUUUUGGAAGCCAAACGGAAAAAACAGCUAGGACAGACUGAUGGAGGCUUGUCAAAUCCAGAGCAAGCAAAACCUUUCUUUACUCGAGAUCCAUCACAAUUGAUAGGGACACUAAUACGAACAUCACUGAAGAAAAGUACUAUGGGAUUUGGAUUCACAAUAAUUGGCGGAGACAGACCAGAUGAAUUUCUACAGGUGAAGAAUGUGUUAAAGGAUGGACCUGCUGCACAAGAUGGCAAAAUUUCAUCAGGUGAUGUCAUUGUAGAUAUAAAUGGUACAUGUGUCCUUGGCCAUACCCAUGCUGAUGUUGUCCAGAUGUUUCAAUUCGUUCCCGUCAAUCAGUAUGUGAAUAUGACAUUGUGUCGUGGAUAUCCUCUGCCUGAUGAAAGUGAAGAUCCUGUUGUAGAUAUUGUUACAGCCACUCCUGUCUUAAAUGGCCAGCCAGUUACAAAAGGAGAUACCUGUAUACUCAGUCAGGAUUUAAUCCCAGGAACAGUGGUUUUGGAUCACAAUAGUAAAACUGGACAUAUAUUAGUCAAUGGACGCCUGAAUGGUCCUUCAGCAAUAGACUUUGGAGAAGAAAGGGCUACAGGGUCUUCUUCAGGAUGUUCUCAAACAGAAAUGGUCACAAUUCCUCUGAUCAAGGGACCUAAAGGUUUUGGAUUUGCAAUAGCAGAUAGUCCUGCAGGACAAAAGGUGAAGAUGAUUUUAGACAGCCAGUGGUGUCAUGGACUUCAGAAAGGGGAUGUAAUUAAAGAGAUUUAUCAUCAGAAUGUACAGAAUUUAACACACAUCCAGGUAGUAGAAGUUCUGAAGCAGUUCCCAGUUGGAGCAGAGGUGCCACUGCUUAUCCUAAGAGGAGGACCUUCCUCACCUACAAAAACUCCCAGUAUUGAUAAUAAAAUAAAUAAGCAGGAAAAUUCAGGAAGCUUAGAGGCCAUUGGUGAGCCUGUUCCGCAUCCAAUGCCUUUUCCACCUACUUCUGUGAAGUCAUCUUCUCCAAAGCUUGACCCUUCUGAAGUUUAUCUGAAAUCUAAAAUAUUAUUUGAAGAUAAACCUCCAAACACAAAGGAUUUAGAUGUUUUCCUUCGAAAGCAAGAAUCUGGGUUUGGUUUCCGAGUUCUUGGAGGAGAUGGUCCAGAUCAGUCAAUCUACAUUGGAGCAAUCAUCCCACUGGGAGCAGCAGAGAAAGAUGGUAGACUCCGUGCUGCUGAUGAGCUUAUAUGCAUUGAUGGAAUCCAAGUGAAAGGGAAAUCACAUAAGCAAGUUCUGGAUUUAAUGACAAGUGCUGCACGAAAUGGACAGGUGCUACUGACUGUUCGCAGGAAAAUCUACUUUGGUGCUGAUAAACAACCAGAAGAAGAAAUAACAUCUGAAGUUCCUUUCAUCUCCCAGAGUGGCUCCCCUAGACUUAACCGACAAGAGAUAAUCAACAAACAGUUCCCAGAAGCUUAUGAAGUAGUACUGCAACGAAAGGAAAAUGAAGGAUUUGGUUUUGUGAUCCUUACCUCAAAGAAUAAACCACCACGUGGUGUAAUUCCUCAUAAGAUUGGACGUGUUAUAGAUGGAAGUCCAGCUGAUCAAUGUGGAAAACUGAAAGUAGGAGAUAGAAUUUCUGCAGUGAAUGGACAAUCAAUUAUAGACUUGUCGCAUGAAAAUAUUGUGCAGCUGAUCAAAGAUGCAGGGAAUACUGUCACACUCACUGUUAUUGCUGAAGAAGAGCACCGUGGUCCCCCAUCAGGAGCAAACUCCGCCAGACAGAGUCCAAUUGUACAGCAUCGAGUUCUUGGACCAGUUCCAGCUUCUUCUGUGUCUACUGACAGGGGUGCUAUAGAAGCUGAUGGCGGAAAAGAACAAUGCAGCAAUUACAAGCACUUCUCAUUAACUGAAGUUGUUGGGUCUCUCGGAGGGAGCACACUUUCUCAGAAUCCUGGUUGUUAUCCAGUAGAACUGGAGAGAGGUCCUCGAGGCUUUGGAUUUAGCCUUCGUGGUGGAAAAGAGUAUAAUAUGGGGCUAUUUAUUCUUCGACUAGCUGAGGAAGGGCCUGCCAUUAAAGAUGGGAGAAUUCAUGUUGGUGACCAGAUUGUUGAAAUCAAUGGCAAACCUACACAAGGAAUCACCCAUACUCGAGCCAUUGAAUUGAUUCAGUCUGGAGGAAAUAAAGUUCUUCUCCUUUUGCGACCAGGGACUGGAUUAAUACCAGACCAUGGUGGUCUGGAUAGUUUUAAUCCAGUAUCCUCAAGUGUAAUCCAUGGUGAACAGACUUCACUUCCCUCAUCAUCACAUUCUGCUUACACAUCUGAAGCAUCUCAUUUGCCAGAAUCAGAAGCUCUAAUGAAAUUUCAGAUGUCUGAGAAACUAGAAAAACUGACGAACACUGUGCCUGAAAAGAAAAGCACUUUAAUGGAAAACUAUUUGGAGAUAAAGAAAACAGUUUGUCCACAGAGGCAAGUGAACAACUGGGACCACACUUUCAUUCCAGAUAAUAAAGUGAUGCACAGUACUGCACAAUUAGCAUCAGGCAAUGCAGCCAGUAAAAGCCAAUCAGCUAGUCCCCAGAAGUUGAGCAAUAGUCCUUCCAGAGAUCAUAAUCAACUUCCAUUCGAUAGAUCUAAGAAAAGUGAAACUAAACAUCUAGAUGAGAAUUGCUUAGACCACUUAAAAAGACCAAAAAGAAAUGAAAGUGGUAAUCUGGGAACCUUUGAGAAUGCUGAUACAGAGAAAAUUCUGGCCAAGGGGAAAAGAGACCUGUCUGUCAGUCCCCAAAAAUAUCCAAAGAGAGAGAGAAGCAGAGAAAAACUGGACAUAGACUUUCAAAGCAAAACAGCUGCUAAUAAUACAAGUUCUAGUAGGCUGCUAAAAACUGAAAAGGUAAAAUUAGGAGUCACAAAAGAAAUAACAAAGCCAAAUUCAUCUACAAAUAACUCAAAAUAUCCUUCAGAGAUACAGCAUGCCAAGGUAGAACAGUUUCUCUCAUUUUCUAAGACUAAUCAGCCUGAAAAGAAAAUCUUGGAAGAUGAGAACAUGAAACGUUCUAAGCAAUUUCAGAAGUCAGGUCUUCCUGAUGAUUCAUUCAUUUCUGUGGAUAAAAACUCUAGACUAGAAGCAGAUGAGCCUCUUUUCCUGAACAAACUUACAGAUAACUUGGAGCUAGCUGAUAAAACCAAAGACGAUGGAAUGUCCAAAUCCGAGAGCAGUUCUCCGGUAAAGAAAACAAUAGUUCCUGGACCUUGGAAAGUACCAAGUACAAGUCGUGUCACAAAAGCAAUGGGUCUGACUAACAAACGGGUUUGAUUGACCAACUUUUUUAAGAACACAUUUUAAUCAGGUUUUUAAAUGUAGUCAUUAAACUUUUCCCCAGAAAACUCAUAUUUUUUUUAGACACUGUGACAGAAUGGAAAGUACAUUUGAUUUGAUCUUUUAUUAGGCUGCAUGAAGGACCUUUUCAGAUUGCAUAUCAGAAACUCUUCAAAAGCUGUUGUCCUUUUGUCU